GCCAGUGAGCCCGGUCGUCUGCUUCAUUGCUUCCUCGAUGCCGUCUCGGCUUGUCUGGCCGUCUCCGUCGCCUUUUCGGCGCCCGGUAGACCCGCAAAGGAGGCCGUGACAUGCACCAACGGCGACGCUGGCGUCACGGGACCGGCCGACGACCAAGCCGGACUCUUCAGGCGCUGGUUGUCGGUGCCCGAGGCGACGGAGUCGAGCGGGCAAAAGGGGCCGACUGGAGUGAGCAUAUUCACUGCUCGCCACCUCUCGGAGACAUGCGCCAGUCUCCUACUCCUCGCCGUCGGCAGGUUGACGUCCAGCGAGGCGGGCGAGGCCUGGCUCGAACGGACCGGCUUGGCGGGGCUCUUCUUCGACUUCCUCCUGCCCCUACGCAACUCCACCAGC